GCAACUGAGUCAGCCUUUUCACUCGCACUCGUCGUGAUGAAUCUUGGGGUUGUCGUCGCCCUUUUGGGGCUUGUGGCGUGCGGUUCAUGCAAACCAGUGGUGCACAACUUCACUCUGCCACUCUGCGACUCUCCAGAGGCUGAAGCUGCCGCUCAGGUGGCUCUGGAUUUCAUCAACGCGCAGCACACGCAUGGCUACAAAUACACCCUGAACCAAAUCGAGGACAUCAAGGUCAUUAAUAAGGUUGAUGGAACACACACGUAUCUCUUGGAGCUGGAGUUCCUCGAGACUAAGUGCCAUGUCCACAGCCCCAAACCCGUGCCUCUGUGCGACGUUAGAGCCAAGAUCGAAACGGCAGUUGAAGCGGACUGUGAUGUAGCUCUCUCUGAAGCUGGCGGGCAGUUUUCUGUCAUAGCGUUCAAGUGCAAAACGGAAUUAGAAUCAUUUCGUCAUUGUGGAGGCUGCUCUUUUCUGCAGCCGCUGAACGACACCGACGGCACUCAGCUGGUUCAAUCCUCACUAAGGCACUUCAACAAAAACCACACCCUCAACACUGCAUUUGCUCUUCUCGACAUUGGGCGUCUGUCAUCUCAGGUAGUGUCCGGUGGGCCCCUCUUAAGAGCCGAAUAUGCCAUUAUCGAAACCAACUGCACAAGUGUGGACGAUGAUAUCUGUGUCCCUCUGGACCGUGUGGUUGCUCGCCAUGGGUUCUGCCAUUCUGAAGCCCAUGGACUUGAUCUGAAAGUCGACUGCGAAAUCUUCCAACUAGACACUACACUUCCUGCUCCCCCAGCAGGGCCAGGGGGAUCCCCAUUCACCACCCAGGGCUUCAAACACCACAAACUCACAGCCUUGCAUGACCCUGAUGCCACCGGCCUCUUAUCUGCAGAGUCUGAAUCAGCAGAGAAAGCGGCAAUCGUCAAAAGGACAGUGGCAGAUCCUCAACCAGAUGGGGUAUUAGCGGCUGAACCAGCAGUUCUGCUUCCGAGGUGCCCAGGGAAAAUCAGACACUUCUGAGUCCACUCUUUAAACGUGCCCUUGAUACAUUUAUGUAGUGAAUAUUUGGUUUCCCAUGGGCAUAAAAUCUUAUUUAGUGCUGCUGUCAUGUACUUGUAGGCUGCUUGAUCUGUGCCAUUUUAGUGGAAUAAAAUGGCCAUCAAAUUGUGA